UUUUUUUGUUUUUUUUUUCUUAUUAUAUUUUAGAUAAAUAUGAAAUUUUCCAUCUUAAUUAUAUAUAUUCUAUUCAUAUCAUGUUUGAAUGCAGUUGAACAAAAAGUAGUUUCAUCUCUAUUGAAUGUCAAAUCCAUGAUAGAACAGCAUAAUAAGACCAAUGUUAUAGAGGCUCAUGUAAAAAAAUUUGAAGGAGAAACGCUUGCUUAUGUAACGCCUUGGAAUAAUAGGGGUAUGUAAUAAGUCGUAUUGUGAUGAUAUAAAUUAAAAUGACCGGUAAUAGGUUAUGAUAUUGUAAAGGAAUU